AUGGAGGACAGGUCUGUCCGACAAGCAUGUUUGGUCGCGCGAGUGUCCGCGCGAAGCUCGGCACUUGCCGGCUUGGACGACUUGGAUCGCCAGAACCGUGAGGUGAACCUUGCAGCCGUUUCUGCCAACGGCAUUGCGCUUCAAUGGGCACCGGCAUCUUGUCGAGCCAGUAACUCUUGCCGAGCCCCAGCAACCUGCUGGCCGCAUCAGGAACGGUUCAAGAAGGACAAAGGAGUGGCACUGGCGGCAGUUACAAGUGCAGGGCAUGCCCUCAAGUAUGUCGACAAGGAGCUGCAGAGUGACCCGGAUGUUGUUCAUGCAGCCAUUCGGCAAAAUGCCUUGGCACUGCAUUUUGCUUCGCCUCGUUUGCAACGUGACAAGGACAUCGUUCUCGAAGCCUGCCAGCGCGAUAUAGCGGCGUUCAGCUUCGCUGCAGACAUUCUGCGCGAAGACAAGCAGUUUCGAAGCACUACUGGAGUUGAAUUCCCCAGUGUCGACAAGAUGAAUGUGUCAACCAGUUCAAUGACUUCCUGUUCGUCGAGGAGCUGGUUCAGUGCCUCUACUUGUGAUGGAAGGUGGCCUUGGUUCAAGCACUGGAGCUACCGCCCGUAUCUGGCUGCUUCGACAGCAAAGGCGGUCAGUUCAGCGGAAGCCUCCAGUCGCAGGAAGAAGAAGCUUUCCAAACGAGCUCGGCUUGGCAAGGACAAACUCGCAAGAGCGGCCGGCGUGCGUGCCUGA